AUCUAUUUGAGUAAAAAAUAUCGAUUUAGCGUAACGAGCGGAGUUCAACCAUUUCAGUUUGAACCCACGUAUCCUCCUGGCCAAGAACCAAUCGAUCUGGAGGAAGAAAGUGAGUCAGGUGAUGCAAAUCAACGAGAUGCAAGAGGAAGAAUCGGCAGCACUGAAUGGUGCUCUUGUGAAGAGUGCGAGGCAAUGGCAACGGAGGAAGAGUGUUUUUGUUGCCAAGAACUGGCCGAACUGAAUCAAAAGUUCGAUGAAUCAGGUUUGUUUUUCUUUUAGGUUGUUUCUUUUCCUUCGAUGUAUACACUAAGAGUACUGAGAAGGACAUCGCGGUCAAAAGGAUUAUUAUUAGUUUUUGCCUGUUAGGAGUUGGAUGUAUUACGGAGCACGCCAAAUUCGGGAUUGUUUGCCUUGAUACUGACGUGUUAAAUACUGCUCUAGUGGCAAUUCACAACAUACGCUGUAAUCCCUUGCCGGAUCUCAUUGAGAACAGGUGA